AUACUACACUACGUAGUAGUAAUCCUAGUGUCUGCCUCCUUACUGGAGCUUGUUGGACAUGGAUGAGGCCCAUGCGCGCAGGGCGGGGUCCCCACUACCUGAUCGGACACCACAGCGGGUCCGAGCAGCUGACAGCGCCUACUAGCAGUAGUGAGUUUUCAGCAAUUAAGCUUGAAUCUCUUUUGACAGGUCGACGGCACUUCGGCGUGGACCAAACCCGAGGAAGAACAGAGGGCGCUCGGCGACCAGGCAACCCCCGGAGAUGUCUCUUUCACAAGCGGGCCCUACAGCAGCUAAGCUGCGCAGCAUCCUCGUCAAGGUGACACCCGCGCCGACGACGCUCUCGGAACGGCGUGCAGUCCUCGGAGUGCUGAAGAAGUACGCCGACGUCGAGGUCUUCAAGAAGCUCCAUGACCCUUCCCACUUCGUUUCCAUCGUCGCCCAGCCGCAGAUGGCCCUCAACCUGGUCGCCAAGAGCCCACUCGAGUUCGAAUACGCUGCUCGACAGUCGGCCAGCACGCGCACUGCCGCCGCCGCCACGACGCCGGAGCCCAAGACGUUCCUCGUCAAGAUAGUCGAAAACCCCGCCUACAAGCACCGCACCCACAUCCGCGAGUCCCUCACCUACGGCCGCUGGCCCGAGCACGAGCAGCAGCGCAAGCAGCGGGACGCCGACGCGCAGUUAUUCGCCAUGGACUCGAUGCCGCGGGCCGCGCUCGGCGCCGUCUGUCCCCCGGGCAUCGCCUCGGCCGGUCUGGCAGACUGGGAGAGCGCGGGCCAGCUGGCGGAGGAUGAUGGGCUGGCGACGUGGCUGUCGGGCAAAGUCGACUUUGUGCAGGCGAGGCAGAUGAAGCGGGCCAGGAACGCGACGGCGUUUGAGAGUCUUGUCGAGGCGUAUGAGAGGCGGAGGAACGAGGGGAAGACGUCGCCUGCAGUGAGCGCCGCACGCGCUGCCGACGGUUCCUGACGACAAAAAAAAAAGCAAACAGAACGGACAGAGUGCGCCUCACCUUUCGGAGCACCGCGUUUCUUUUCUUCUCGGUCGCAUUAAGGAAGAGCGCGAGAUCUUAUCCUGCGGCCCGGAAUCGGCACAGCAGACCGGGCUCUCAAAGGGGGUCGCCCAUGCGUGUGGGAUAUUUCACCACGG